AUGGACGCGAUCCGGCUCCCGAUCCAGCCGACGGGGGCGCAGCUGAGUGAGCACGUUGCGGCGCUGGACCUGCUGGCCGCGCGGCUCGAUGCUCUCGCGUCCCGCCAAGCCUGGCCAGCGCUCGUCCCCUUCAACUCCAAGGCGAGCUUCCCCGGCUCCAUCAUCAAUACGAACAGCGUCAAGAUCGCUACGGGUCCGGACAGCUGGGCAGAGAUGCCUCCAGCGCAUGCGGCGGAGUAUCUAAUGACAGCUCUGCUUGAGGACCACGCCCGAAUGACGGAGGGUCAGGCGCCGAACGCGGCCCAGCCGCCGCUACCUCCGCACCGCUCGCUGAAGACGAAGGACGUGCGCUUCUCCCCCGUUCUCCGGAGGCCAGAGGACAACCCGGCGCAGCCCGUUGCGCAACAGGUCGCCGAGCAACAGCCGAAGGAAGGUCAAUUUGCGCUCCGCGGCCCGAACGGCGAGGAGCAGGAGGUGCCCGCCAGCUUGCAGAGCCUUGUCGACCUCGUCGGCGAGCACUUGGCUGACAAGCUGCACCUGCCCGGCGACGAGACCGUCAACGAGGAGGGACUCCCGAUUCACGAGAUCCGCGAGACGCCCGACGGACAGCUUAUCGGCUCCGAGCCGAUGGGUGACGGCGACGGCGAGGAGACGAUCCCCGAGAAAGAGGACGACUACUGGACCCCCGAGGCGGCUGCUAGGCGUGAAGCGCUGAAGCGCCGUGUCUUUGGCUCCAUGUCCGACUCCGACUCCGAGGACGAGGACGACAGCAUGGAUGUGGAGCCCGCUGCGGCAGAGUCUGCACCGGCACAGGAGGCGGCCAACGGUCUCGUGCCCCCCGUUGGACGGCCCAGCACGCCUCCGAACGACCCUUCCCCGAUCAACGAACCCCUCUACGCCCAGCCUGCGCACCGCAGUCCCGGAAAACAGCCCAAGGGGAUCCUCAAAGCUCCGAGCCGGAAGAAGAGCGUGACGUUUGACUCCUCCGUCCCUCUUCCUCCGGACAGUCCGCCAGCAAAGCCAGGACAAGAGAGGAUCAGCAUUGCGCAGAAGCCUGUCCCGAUUCUCAACGUCCCGACACCAGGCAAGCGGGCCUUUGGCGGGCUCAAGUCUGGCUUCCUCCAGAGCGCUAACGCCGCCGCGGAGCGAGACAAGGCCGCUGCUGCGCCGACGCAGAGCAACCUCGCGCCGAGCCCGAGCGCGACCAAGCCCAACUUUGCCUCUCGCGGAGUUGUGGAGCACGCCCCAGUUCCUCCGCAGCCUCAGGAACCGCCCCCAGCAUCGAAGAUUCAGGAGAUCGGCAGCGACGACGACGAGGACGACAGCAUGGACGUGGAUGAGGACAAGCCGAAGAAGAGUCUGUUCGCGCAGCGCCGGGCCGGCGCCAAGCCCGACUUCCCCUCUAUUGGCAGCCAGAAGCCGAUGCCGACGAUGAGGAACAGCAUCGUCGAGCGCGCGCCUCUGCCGCCGAGCGUUGGGGAGUUGCCUAAGAGUUCGACCUCUGCCGCUCCUGCGGACCGGACGCCUCUCGUGGUUGUCGACAACGACUCUGACACGGACGAGUACGGGGACCUGGGCGAGUUUGACGACGAUGAGGAAGACGAGUACGCCCUCGACGAGGCUCUGCUGCAGCGCGAAGCAGCCCUCGCGCUGCACCGGAGCCUGCAGCGCCAGCGUCCCAUCGACGAGGACGAGAUCGACCCCGAAGCCGAAGGCGACGGAAACGUGUACAUGGCCGUUCCCCGCGUCUCCACGAUCCAAGGCGGCGAGGGCGACGAGCCCCUGCGCAUCAUCAACCCUACAGCCGACGACCUGGGCCAAUUCCUGCGAGUCGGGAGGGAGGAGGACGGUGGCCUCGUCUUCGAGCCGCCCACUGUGCACGAGGACUCGGAGAGUGAUGGCGAGGAAGAGGGCCAGGACGCAGAGGACCGCCGCCAGCGCCGCAAGCGCAGGCGGGACGUCAUGGACCAGCUCCGCGCGGGCGUGUACAACCCUGACGAGCCUGUGCGGGAUCCGACAAAGGCGACGCGGGACUACGAGGGCAGCUUGCCGCCGAGUGUUCAGUCCCAACCGGAGCCGCAGCCGAUGCAGGACGUGGUCGAGCGCCAGCCGGCGCCGUCAGUGGCCAGCGGGGGUGUGGUUGAGCGGCCACCUGCCCUCGGAGGCGUGACUGAGCGGGCCCCGCCUGCGCCGAAACCCAAACCGAGCGCGAUCGGCGGCGUCGUCGAGCGCAACACCGACACUGCGGCGCCGGAACCGCCCCAGCCGCCGAAGAAGGUGAGCCGCUUCAAGGCGGCGCGGCAGGGUAUGUAG